GCGUGUCUCGCUUGUUAAAGUGUUUAAAGAUAACCCCUUUCCCCUAAUUUUGAAGUGAAGAUUGGACAAGCAGCGCAGAGACGUUUCGCGCAGAGGGACAAGUACGUACGGACAGCGGACAGAAUGACUCUGUUCCAAGAUGUCCACUAUUACAUUUUUGAUAAGAAUGUUUCCAAAGCUGCUGAGGUGAAGGCUGCUAUGAAAGAGGGUGGGGCCACUCGCGAGUUCUACCUCAAUGAUAUAGUCACACACAUAUUAUCAGAUGCACCCAUUGACCCCAACACAGUCAGCCUACUGGACUGCCACGUCCUACACCCUGAUUGGGCGCUCUUGUCCCUCAAAUGUGGAGCUCAAUUACCUAUGAUGCCCUUUGACCUCAGUAAGCCUCGGCUGCUCUCUGGAUUGACCUUUACGACCUCUAAGAUGACUCGUGAUGACAGGGAGAAGGUGGCAGUGCUUGUGGUGUACUAUGGUGGUAACUAUAGCAACACUCUAGACGCUAGCAUCACACACCUAGUUACCAUGGAAAUGACAGGGGCCAAGUAUGAGUGUGCCCUGGAGCAUAGUGAUGUCAUCAGUGUGGUCACACCUGAUUGGAUACUCGACUGUAUCGAUCUAAACAAGAGAGUGGAUGAGAAUGAAUACAGCCUCUCCAAGAAUGGAGUGGUGGCCCACCAGACUACUGAGCCAUCUCUCUCUGGGAAUGGAGUGGCCCACCAGACUACUGAACCAUCUCUCUCUGGGAAUGGAGUGGCCCACCAGACUACUGAGCCAUCUCUCUCUGGGAAUGGAGCGGCCCACCAGACUAUUGAGCCAUCUCUUUCCGGGAAUGGAGCGGCCCACCCAUCUCUCUCUGGGAAUAGUGGAAUGGCCCACCAGACUACUGAGCCCACUGGCAUGAUUGUUCAGACUGUACCUCCAGAAACCAUAAUAGAGAAUGGAGCUCCACAAUCGAUUAUUUCCCUACCAAAUCACACUCCCUCCACAUCCCUUGUACCUGCUACACCCCUCACACCAUCCACACAACCCACACAGCCCACUCUCACACCAUCCACACAGCCCACACAGCCCACGCUCACUCCCUCCACACAGCCCACACUCCUCACUACCUCCACACACCCCACACCCUCGGCCCACCCCCCACCCACUGUUCCCGAGGAAGUGCGACAGGGAGCACCAUCAGAGGAGAGCAGUGAUGGCAGUGCUGUUCUACUGAGUGGUGUGUGUGUGUGCUUGUGUGACUACCAGGAGUGUAUGGAGCCAGGCACUGUGGACAAGUGGAGGCAGGUGAUCCAUCAGCAUGGAGGACGUGUGGUGAGCACACCAGCUCAGUGCACACACUUGCUGGCUCUGCAUAAGAAGAGUGAGGUCUUUGCUAAGGCAUUCUCAGCUGGAAAGUGCAUUGCCAGUGCACAUUGGCUCAACGAUGUGCUGACUCAGCAGAAAAUGUUUCCCCCAAGAAAUGCACUUCAUUUCCCGACUGCUUUCAAGUGGCAACUCCUGGGAGCUGACAAAUACUCCAUGACACUGAGUAACUACACUGAAGCUGAGCGUGAGCUGGUGAAGGACAUGAUCCGUAUCUGUGGUAUCCCCUGUACUGGACACUUGGACAAGACCACCACACACCUCAUCUGCAAGAGGCCAGAAGGUAAGAAGUACAUGAAGGCUAGAGAAUGGGGUGUGGCCAUUGUCAACUCCACCUUCCUUGCUGACACCAUCCACAAUGGUCAGGUCCCAGCUGUCCUCUUCCCCCGCUACACUAGACUAGGCCAGCCUCAAGAGUUCACUCCUGGAUCAUGUUUUGAGGCCACCUCCAUUCUCAAGCCAUGGGAUGCCUUCAUGGCUAGCUACUCUAAGCGCCACCCUGAGUUGGUUGAGUUGGUUGAUCAAGUGGCUACCCCUCACACCCUCACACCAGUCACACCAUCACAGACCACACCCACCACUAACAUCGGCAAGCAUGAGAGGGCAGAGGACAUGGAACACUCAGUAACAAAAAAGCAAAAAUUGGAUGAUGUCAAGCCUCCCGUUGUCUUGGUUACUGGAAUCAGCCAGUCUGUCGCCAAAACACUGAAAAAUUCUGUGGUACAGCUGGGAGGCCAGGUGACAGAGAGAGGUUCUGACUGUACACACAUAGUACUGCCACGGGUAACCAGAACAGUCAAGUUCCUGUGUGGUAUCUCCGUGUGUCAGUACAUCGUGACCCCAGCCUGGAUAGAGAGCAGUGCUAGUACAGGUGGCUUUGUCAGGGAGGAGGACUAUAGGCUAGAGGAUAAAGAUGCAAUGGAGCUGUUUGGUAUGACUGUAGCCACCUCCCUGGCCAGAGCUAGGGCUAGGAAACUAUUGAAGGGUGGUGUGGUCUUUCACUCACACAGAGCGUACAGCCACCACACACACCCCACACACACACAGGGUGGUGUGGUCUUCCACUCCACACAGAGCGUAGAGCCGCCGCACACACCACUCAAAUCAAUCAUAGAGUGUGCUGGAGGAGAGCUACUCAAUCUGUCUGAGCUGAGGUCAAGGUUCGGGAGGAGGUUGGAGCGUUCCAGUGCUGCUCUGAUGAUCAUCUCAACACCCGAGGACUUGGCAGCUGGUCUCUGUAGCGAGUUCCUCACACUUGGCCUCAGUGUGUACAAUGCUGAGCUGGUCCUCACUGGCAUUCUCAGGCAAGAGCUCAACUUCUCAUCAAACCAACUGUCUCCAUUGUGACCCUCUCUCUCUCAACACGCUAGCUACUGGACACUGUGAUCAUGCUCAUGUAUUAUUUGUGUGUGUGUGUGUGUAUAUACUGUGCAAGUCAUUACUCAACCCAAA